CUCCCCGAAAAUUGACAUGACGAAAACAAAAAACUGUCGCCAUUUGACUAAAAUACCGCUACAGUGAUCUUUUGAUAUUAGCUGAAUAACCUUGAGAUUGAUUAUUUCAUUAGAUUAUGAAGUUAUAUUUAUCGUGAGCCGCCGAAACACUUAAAUAUUAAUGAAUUCCAUUGUUAUAACAGGUUGUAACAGAGGAAUAGGCUUGGGCCUUGUGCGACAUUUGGUGAAAGACAAAAUAUCCCCAAAAAGUCUCUUGGCAACAUGCAGAAACGUGGAAAACGCGGAAGAACUCCAACAAAUAGCAGCUGAAAACAAAAAUGUACACAUCUUGCAACUGGAAGUGGACAAGCCGGAAACCUUUGAGGAUUUCGCCAGGAGGGUAGAAGAUAUUGUUAAAGACGAUGGGCUGAACGUUUUGUUCAAUAACGCAGGAUAUUCUCCAAAAUCGACAAGGAUAAAUUUCGUAAAACCUGAACAAAUGAUGGAGACCUUUCUAAUCAACUCUGUAGGGCCUUUAAUGCUGACCAAGACAUUGUUGCCCUUAUUGAAAAAAGCUGCAUCUAAGAAUGUGAGUAAACCUGUAGGCAUUCAUAAAUCAGCUGUUAUAAACAUGAGCUCAUACUUGGGAUCUUUGUCUCUCAACAACCAAGGAGGAUUGUACCCAUACAGAUGUUCAAAGGUUGCUCUGAACAUGAUAACAAAGUCUUUGAGCGUAGAUUUUAAAAACGAUGGAAUUUUGGUGACUUCAAUCCAUCCAGGAUGGGUUAAAACAAGCAUGGGAGGCUCAAAUGCGCCUCUGGAUAUAGAUACCAGUGUUUGUGGUAUUAUUGAAUUGUUAAAGAACUUGAAUGAUGAUCAUAAUGGCCAAUUUUAUUGUUACGAUGGAUCAAAAAUGGAUUGGUGAAGAAUUUGUGCGAUUUUAUAUAUGUAUUGUAAAUAAUUUUAUUAACUAUAGUAGACGACUAUAUAUACUGAUUUUUUGGAAAAUAAAACCACUAACACUUUU